AUGGCAUCCGCCGGUGGCGCUGGCGCUGGCGCCGACCACUCCCCGACGCCGCGUAGCCUGGUCUUCGCCUUCUACCUCACGGGCCACGGCUUCGGCCACGCCACCCGCGCCAUCGAGGUGGUGCGGCACCUGAUCGCGGCCGGGCACGAGGUGCACGUGGCGACGGCCGUGCCGGAGUUCGUCUUCACCGCCGAGGUGCGGUCGCCGCGCCUCCGCAUCCGCAGGGCCAUCCUCGACUGCGGCGCCGUCCAGGCCGAUGCCCUCACCGUCGACCCCCUCGCCACGCUAGAGAAGUACCGUGAGGCAGCAGUGGUGCCCCGCGAGUCCAUCCUCAGGGCCGAGGCGGAGUGGCUGAGCUCCAUCAAGGCAGACCUAGUGGUCUCGGAUGUUGUUCCUAUUGUGUGCAGGGUGGCUUCAGAUUUGGGCGUCUGCUCUGUAUGCAUUGGGAAUUUUAGUUGGGACUUCAUAUAUGCUGAAUACAUCAUGGAGGCUGGAUAUCAUCACCGUUCUAUUGUUUGGCAGGUGAGGAAGGAACUUGGAAUUGAGGAGAAUGCUAAGGUGCUCGUUUUUAAUUUUGGGGGACAGCCAGCAGGAUGGAAACUGAAGCAAGAAUGGCUCCCUGAUGGUUGGAUCUGUUUGGUCUGUGGUGCUUCUGAUUCUCAAGAUGUUCCACCGAACUUUAUUAAGCUCGCAAAAGAUGCUUACACACCUGAUGUUAUGGCGGCAUCUGACUGUAUGCUUGGAAAAAUUGGAUAUGGAACUGCAAGUGAGGUUUUGGCCUGCAAGCUGCCAUUAGUGUUCGUUCGCAGAGAUUACUUUAACGAAGAGCCAUUUUUGCGAAAUUUGCUUGAGUACUACCAAAACAGCAUUGAGAUGAUCAGAAGUGAUUUCCUUGCUGGACACUGGAAACCAUACCUACUUCGUGCUCUCACACUUCAACCAUGCUACAAUGGCCCAAUAAAUGGUGGUGAGGUGGUUGCCCAGAUCCUCCAGGACACUGCUGUUGGAAAGAAAUGUAUUUCUGAUAAAUCUAGUGGUGCAAGAAGAUUGCAAAAUGCCAUGGUCUCAGGAUAUGUGCUUCAAAGGGCUCCUGGGAGAGAUGCAGGCAUUCCUGACUGGUACUCUCUGUCUGAAACUGAAAUUGGUGCUGGUCCGACCUCAAAAAAUGUUGCUACAAAGGAAAGUGCAGCAUCAUCCAGAUGUAUUGAAGACUUUGAGAUACUCCAUGGGGACCUUCAAGGAUUAACAGAUACAAUAGACAUUUUGAAGAGCUUAUCUGAACUUAGUGGAAAUGAUUUGAUGAGCCCCAAGAAGCAAUGCCUAGAGAGAACUGCUGCAUCUGUUCUUUUUGACUGGGAGACGGAAAUAUAUGUAGCAAGGGCACCUGGACGUUUGGACGUCAUGGGUGGCAUUGCUGAUUAUUCAGGAAGUCUCGUUUUGCAGAUGCCCCUUCGGGAAGCCUGCCAUGUUGCUGUUCAGAGAAACCAUCCCAGCAAGCAGAAGCUUUGGGAACAUACAAAAGCAAGACAGCUUGAGAACGCAGGCUUGGUGCCUGUGGUACAAAUUGUAUCAUUUGGUUCUGAUUUGAGUAACCGUGCACCAACUUUUAAUAUGGACCUGUCAGAUUUUAUGGAUGGUGGAAAACCAAUAUCCUAUGAGAAAGCCAGAGAGCUUUUCUGUCAGGAUCCAUCCCAAAAAUGGGCUGCCUAUGUUGCUGGAACAAUUCUAGUUUUGAUGACUGAACUUGGUGCCCAGUUCACUGACAGCUUUAGCAUUCUGGUUUCAUCUGCCGUGCCAGAAGGAAAAGGUGUUUCAUCUUCUGCAUCAGUGGAGGUUGCUACAAUGUCUGCUAUUGCCGCAGCCUAUGGUUUAAACAUCAUACCAAGGGAUCUUGCUUUGCUUUGUCAGAAGGUUGAGAAUCAUGUAGUUGGAGCUCCUUGUGGGGUAAUGGAUCAAAUGGCAUCUGCAUGUGGAGAAACUAAUAAACUCCUGGCAAUGGUUUGCCAGCCUGCAGAAGUGAAGGAAUUGGUUAGCAUACCAACUCAUAUACGGUUCUGGGGUCUAGAUUCAGGGAUACGGCAUAGUGUUGGUGGGGGAGAUUAUGGAUCUGUAAGGGUAGGCACUUACAUGGGACGAAAGAUGAUCAAGUGUGCAGCAUCAGAUUUAGUUUCAGAGUCCUUGACUUCAGGCCCCCCUGUUCAGUCUGAUUGUUAUAAAGAAAAUGGUAUGUGUGUACUGAAAUCUGAAGCUGCACUGGAGUAUUUGUGCAACCUACCACCUCACAGAUAUGAAGCUGUUUAUGCAAAAGACAUUCCAGAGGUGAUUAGUGGAGAAGCAUUUUCAGAGAAAUAUGGAGAUCACAACGACACAGUGACAGUUAUUGAUCCUAAAAGAUCUUACAGUGUGAAGGCUCCAACUAGACAUCCCAUAUAUGAAAACUUCCGUGUUGAGGCCUUCAAAACAUUAUUAGAGGCUGGUAAUACAGAUGAGCAACUGUCAGCCCUUGGAGAACUUAUGUACCAGUGCCACAACAGCUACAGCGCGUGUGGCCUUGGUUCUGACGGGACUGACAGACUAGUCAAUCUGGUACGAGAAAUGCAACACAGGAAGACAUCCGAGGGCGGAAGCCCUAUUCUAUUUGGCGCAAAGAUCACUGGCGGAGGCUCCGGUGGCACAGUAUGUGUUAUCGGGAAGAACUGCGCCAGGAGCAGUGAAGAGAUUGCAGAGAUUCAGCGCAGAUACAAGGCUGAGACCGGGUAUCUUCCCAUUCUUUUCGACGGGUCGUCUCCAGGAGCUGGGAAGUUUGGUUACCUGAAGAUCCGACGUCGUUGUCCCUAA